UUCCAGAAAAAUUGCUUAGCAGUACUUCCAGCCAAUAUCUGAUUUGAGCCAAUAAAAACACCUUGUGACACAUCUAAUCACACUAACAUUUACUAACUGGAUCAUUGGCGGAUGGUAGUGAACAGGAGUGCUAUUUCACCUAUACGAAAAAUCAACAUUACAGUUGGUGAUGCUUCAGUAAGUUCCAUGCAGAGAUAAGAGAAACUGUUACCGAAUUAGGAAAUACACUUUUUGUUUUGUUUUUAUCGAGUCCGUAAGCUUAUGAAAUUUUGAUACCACAUCAUCGAAUCGGUAUCAAAGUGAGCAAAACGACACGCAUCGAUAGCUGCCCACUUAGAUAUGCGAUACAUUCCUACCAAUUUGGGCUAACAGCACACCGUAAGACUUACCAAGAGCAUCGUAAAACUGUUUGAAGAUAAAUCAUAUAAAACCAUUGCUCUCGACCAGUGGAGAGUAUCAUUCGAUCGUGAUCACUAGCUUGAAUCACAUCUGGGAAAGGUCAUCAUGAAGGCACUAAGCGUAAUCGUUCUUGCGGUAUUCGUCAUCUCCAGUGGAGCAGCAGAUGACUCCAACCAGAAGGAGAAACGUAACAUUGAAGAGUAUGAGAACAACCAGCACGGAUUAAGGCAGGAAUUACCUCGUUCGGAGUACAGACAUCAGCCGAACCGUUACAACCAGCAACCGUUGGAAAAACAACCUCGGCAGUACAUGAUUCUAGUCAGUGAAGAGGAAUACCAACGUUACAAUAAAUACCACCAGAACAUUUGGGAAUCUCAACGAGUGCAUAAUGGUUACAAACAUUUUAACCAUAAUGACAACUAUCAGGUUAACCACGUUCCCGAACCUCACAGGGAACUGAUGAAACAAAUCCUCUACCAAGCCGUUCCUUAUCCUGUUGAAGUUCCCCGACACACUCAACGUCCUCAGAAUCACAGAGACGAAGAAGGUUCCGAUGCUGCCGUUGAAAUCCAGAGGAGCAUUCCAAUCUACAUGGAAAAGCAGAUCCAUUACCAGAUGAACCACCCCAAUGCUGCCCAGGAGCAGGUUGCCGAAAAGCCAAUCUUCAGAGAGGUGAAGGAGGAAAACCGACUCCCACAGCAAGGUGCAGUUCAUGGCGAACGGCCUUAUCCCGUGUUCAUGCAGUAUCCGAUCCUGAUCGUGAAGAAUAAACAACAUCAGCAGAAGCCCACGUGGCAUUAGUGUAGUUGUUACCAUUGUUACCGUUGUCAAGGCAUUAUCAAUCAAAUAAAUUAUUUAUGAAGCCAGUAAAUUGAAUUACACCGGAAAUUGUUUACUGGAGGCUUACGCCAUGCAAACAUCAA